GUCUUCGAAUGCGUAUAAAAAGUAAGCGAUUUUACCCGAUGAAGUUCUUUGUCUAACGAGAUUCUAUCGCAUCCAUAGAGGGUGGAAAGAUGAGGGUUCUGGCCGGAUUUGUGCUUCUACUAGCAACUUUACAAGCUUCCCUCGGCUUCACGCUUCCCCGUGAACGACGUCAAUCAAGUUCUUCGUCGGUGAUGGCCAUCGGUGAGGAUGGAGACCGGGCCGCCAUUCCCGGACUGAGCGAGAUCCAAACGGCCAUCCAAGUGGCACAGUUUCUGAUCAACGUGGGCCAACAGGUGCUUCCGGCAAUUCUGCAAAGUUUGGCCCCUCCGAUGAGCAGUGAAGGAACCCGAAUGGACGAGAUGCAGCUGAUUCAAAUGGUUCGUCAACGGAUGAUGAUGGAAAACAGUGGUGGUUCGUAGCGCGAGGGGUUGAGGGAUCGGAAGUGAACCAGAAUAAAUAUGUCGAUGAAAUA